ACGCGCGCGCGCAAGCGGCCCGACUACUGGGACACGGCACACGGAACACCCCAUCAAUCGUGCCUGAGUUUCCAAAUCGCGCGAUUACGAUUUUCUCCGAUGUAAGGUUGGAAACGAAAGCAAACGGGGGAAGCGGGUAGGGCGAUCGUCAUUCCCUUUUUCGGAGCUGUCUAUACAUGAGUCGUGCUCGAUCAGGCUACCCAUCUUCCUGUUUUCGUUCUAUCUCGGCCCGUUUUGAAUUGUGCUUGCUGUGCUGUGCGCGUUCUUUCUUCUGCAUGGGCACAGAUACGAAGGCAGCGCAUGUUGGGUGAGGCUGGGUGACUGAGCGUGGUCUGAUCGGAGGGAUUCUCGUUCCUUUUCUCGGCAGCGAAUUGGAGCGAAUUGGAGGCAACGGAAGACAAAUCAUGAGCGUAUGUAGAGGUUCAAAAUGUACACAUGGAAAGCCUGUAUUUCGUCGAGUUGCUUGAUCGGGCCAUUGGGUGUUUGGGAACGGACAGAGACUAGGACUGGGUACCAACCGGGGAACUGGGAAUGGUACGUUGUUGUUCUGGAUGUCCCUGUUAACUACUUGUUCGGAGGCAUGAAUGCGACAGGUGCGGGUGUGCGGGAGCUUCGGUGGUAUUGUACGGCGGGACUGGUAUUUGUAAGUCUGGUCGGCGAGGCUGGCUCUGGGGUUUGGGGGCUUUCGGUUCUUUUAAGUGCCGUGCCGUGUUGAUGGAUGAUGUCGGUCCUAUUCUUCCUUUGCGUGGAUGAUCGCGGGAGGAUUACGUUGGCAGUAUGGGUUUGUGUCAUUGUUUGUGAUGAACGGUGUUAAUGUAAGCGUGCAUUGAGAUAGUCAUGUUUGGAUCGGUUGCACAGUAGGUAGCUAAGUGUUGCGGAG